UCACCCCUCUCCCCUAUACUAUUUAUCCUCUAUAUAGCCUCCCUCUACCAGGCCAUUUGCCAGGCCAGCCCCGCGGUUAGUUUGAUAGGCUUCGCCGACGAUACUAACCUCCUAGCCUUCGGGAGGGCUAAGGAGGCCUCUACGGAGGGCCUAGAAGGCUUGCCUUCAGUAGGCAAAGACCUAGGGGGCCGGAAACAGUGGUCGCGACCGCUAGAGCUCCUAUGGCCCGGAGGGGGUACUACCACUAUAGCCCUGUCGAAGUUAGCUAGAUUCCUUAGGGUCUGGCUAGAUUAG